GCUCGCAGCCUCCGCAACAGUUGCCGCCGCGUCACCGCACCCGCGAGCCGCGACCUCACAAGUGUCGCAGUCUAAAUCUGUAGUGUUGUGAUGUGUGCGAGGCGCGCCUGAUCGGUCUCCAGCGGACUCUGGUAUCGGAGUGGUGCGGUCUGUGCGGAUUGAGACGCGGUCUCUGCGGAGUGAGGCGCCAUGGAGAUGUCCCUGGGCAGCGGUGUGGACGUAUCGCAGCUGGUGCAGCACCCGGUGCUGGCCGCUCUGCCGCCCUUCUUCCUGCGCGCCUCAGAGAGAUACCAGAGGACACCGAAGUGCGCGCGGUGCCGCAACCACGGCGUGGUGUCCGCGCUUAAAGGCCACAAGCGCUACUGUCGCUGGCGGGACUGCGUCUGCGCCAAGUGCACGCUCAUUGCGGAGCGUCAGCGAGUCAUGGCCGCACAGGUGGCGUUGCGGCGACAGCAGGCCCAGGAGGAGAACGAGGCGCGUGAGCUGAACCUGCUGUACGGCGCCCCCCCGCAGCCCCCCACCGCGCCCCCCGUGCCCCAAGGCGCACACCCGCACCACUACACAGACCUGCCAGACGACUCCCCAGGUUUGCACUACUACCAGCACUAUCUUCGUUAA